AUGUUUCGGAAUUGCAGGAGCAUAUAUGGUCUGAGGGAUAGAGCACUUCACACCACUAUGUCGCCCUUUCAAAAGUUCAUUGGUCUAAGUCUCCCCGGUGAAGGUUUAGAACCAGUCAAUCAAAAGUUACUCAAUAAAAUUCACGAUCGAAUGACCACUCCGGAUAAAAAGUCAAAGAGGUACAGAGAAUCGGAACUAAAGGAUUCUCAAGAGUUAUAUGAAAAGAAACUAACGGAUGGAAACUUCGAUGAGAAGUUGGCAGAUCUCAUAAAGUCGUUUAAAAAAGUGGAUAGUAUUCCCUACUCAUCAAAGUUAACAACAGAAGAGAUACGGGACUAUCCUGGUGCAUUAAAGCGAAGUUACUUUUCAGAUACUGCAAUUGAAAAUGCUAUUAUCGACAUAGAUCCACAAGGGAAGCAGAUCAAACCAGGAGAAAGAAUUAAACUCUUUGUCGAUUCAAAAUCAGAUGAUACAUUAUUCAAGACUUCCAAUGCAUCGAAUCUGAGAAAGGUAGCGCAAACAAAAAUCCAACCCGCGGAGUUGGAAGCUGCAAUGAAACCUCAUAUUGAAUACUUGAAGUCCCACAUUUCAACGGAUAAAGAUAUGCUGGAUCAGCUGUCUGUGUAUUUUAAAGAUUAUCACGAAAGAAAUAAAUCACUCGAGGAGGAGAACAAAACUGUUAUGGCUAAGAUUGCAAAGAGGUCUAAGAAUUCCCCUGAGUCUUUACCACAGCCAUAUUCCAUCACAUUGCCAGCUAUAAUCAAAUUCGUAUUGACUUCCCCGGAAUUUAAAUUUUCAACCACUCGUACUUACACAUUACUCUCAAUGAUAUACCAUACCUGCAAGAAUUCGAAGGAUAUAACACUGUACUUGCGGGUUUGUAAUAUUGAAUUUUACAACAUUUUUUUAAAAUGUACAUGGGAAAACUUUCAUAAUAUACAUUCAGUGCGUAGUCUUAUUGAUGAAAUGAGCGCUGAUGGAGUGGUUGGUGAUACCUCUACAAUUAAAGUGCUUGAUAAAAUACUUGAAAAUAUGAGGUAUAUGUCAGACAGUAUGCUUUAUGAGGAAACUUCAAAUGAUCUGUAUUCUACUGGAAUAAGGUGGUGCAAAAAGGCUUCUACCGAUGUUGAAGUCGUUGAGAAGUACCGUGAUGAUUUAAUGCACAACAAAAACACUAGGAUAACACCUAUACGGAAAUAG